AUGGCCGAAGUAGAAGAAAUACAAGAUUAUGGCCCAAGAAGUAAUAUCACUAAAUCACUAAAACCCUACUCUCACUCUCAAACUCACUCACACCUCUCAUUGCUCUCAAACUCACGCCUCUCACUCUCAAAUUCUCAAUCUGAAAUCUUAAUCAAGUUGAUUGUAGUACUUGAUCUGAAAAUAAUGGAAAAAUCUGCAAAUAGCAAAAAGCGUCUAGUGGAAGAUCUUGAAAUUCUUGAUGAUGUACAUGAUGACGAAGAAGAAGAUAAAGGGGACAUACGGAAUCGUCGAUCAAUUGUUUGGAAUGAGAUGAAGAGGAUUAAAUUAGAUGAUAAAAGCAAAACAAAAGCAAAAUGCAAUCACUAUAAGCAAGUUAUUACAGCAAAAUCUCGAAAUGGAACCUCUCAUUUAAAAAGACAUCUUGAAAAAAGGGAUGCAUUGAAGCACUAUGAUGAGGAAAGAAAAAUUGUGGAGUUAGACAUGCAAAAUGCAUUAGGAAGGAUUUUUUUUACUUCUGAUAAUUGGAGAAAUGAUCAUACACAAGAUGAAUACAUUUGUAUAACUGCUCAUUGGAUUGAUAGGAAUUGGAAGUCGCAAAAAAGAAUCAUUAGAUUUGGAGUUUUAACACCUCCAUUUGAUGGUAUUACUAUAGCGGAGGAUAGACAACUUGUGAGGAAUGGUAAAGGACUUUUGUUCUCUGGUGACUUUUUCCAAAUUCAUUGUUGUUGUCACAUCAUAAAUUUGAUUGUACAAGCCGGUCUUAGACUUAUUGAUGAUGUUGUGGAAAAGAUUAGAUCAAUUGGCAAACAUUUUAGGCAUUCAGUACCUAAGAGAAAGAAGUUCUACCAGAUUACUCAACAAACUUAUCAUUUAGAUGGUAAGAAAAGAAUCUGUCGUGAUUGUUGUGUUAGGUGGAACUCAACUUAUUUGAUGCUUGAUCGUGCUCUUUAUUUUAGGGCGGUCGUUGAUCAUGUGGUGGAAAAGGAUAUUGAAAUAAAAAUGUAUUUACUUGAUGAUGAUGAGUGGCACAAAGUGUUGGUGAUUCGUGACUUUUUAAAGGUUUUUUACAAUAUCACUAAUGAAUUCUCUGCCUCUACAACACCAACUUCAAAUGUUUAUUUCAAGGGGGUUUGGGAUAUUCAAUGCAUGCUACUUGAAACUGCAAAUGGUCCUCAUUCAUUCUUGUUUAAUAUGGUAAAAGAUAUGCAAAAGAAAUUUGACAAGUGUUGGUUGGAUUAUAAUAUGUUAUUGUCUUGUGCUUGUGUUUUGGACCCUCGUUAUAAGCUUAAAUUUGUUGAGUAUUGUUACACCGUUCUUUAUGGAGAAAUGAUAGCUAAGGAGAAAGUGGCGGAAGUGAGAGCCAUUUUGUGUGACUUGCUAAAGGAGUAUAGGGAUGUGGAUGGUGAGGAGAAAGUGGCAAGGUUGGUGGGGAGACAAAUAUGCAUGUUCCUAUUGGUAGUGAUAGGAUGGCUAAUUAUAGCAGUUGGAUGACUGGAAAAGAACAAAGUGUGGUGAAAAAAUCACAACUUGAUCUUUAUUUGGAGGAAAAGAAUAUUGAUCAUAAGAGUCCUCUUGAUGGUUUAUGUUGGUAGAAAAAUAGUGGAGCACCUAGACAUCCACAACUUGCCGCAUUAGCUCGUGACAUCCUAGCUAUUCCUAUAUCAUCCGUUCCCUCCGAGUCGGCUUUUAGUAUGGGUAAGAAAUUGAUUAAUCCUUGGAGGGCUUCUCUAACAUCAAUGAUGAUUGAAUCUCUUGCUUGUUAUGAAGAUUGGCUACGUGCAAAGGGUUUAUGUUUAGGUCGGUCUACCAUUUUUAAUGCUGAAGAGGAGGUAGAUCGUGAAGAUGACGAUUGUCAAAUCAUUGGUUGAGGAUCUAUUCAUUAUUUCAUUGGUUUACUCAUUUUUUUACUAGCUUGUUCGUGAUUUGCAUUUUGAAUUUGUUUUACAUUAUGUAUAAUAUGCAACAAUUGUAUUUGUUUAUUUCAAUUAUUUGUAAUUUGUGUUUUAAUUAUGUAUAAUAUGUAACAAUUGUAUUUGUUUAUUUCAAUUAUUUGUAAUUUAUGUUUU